UAGUGGUAACGUACUAUGUCGACAUCCCGAAAUAUGUUCAUCCCAUUCUUAUUUUUAAUACGCUAUUAUAACCGAUUCCAUUUGACUAACGUUACGUGAAACGUCGAUAGGCCUCGAUACAACGCGCCCUAAUUCAAAAUUACGCCAUGGGAAAUCACAGGUAGCCAAUGGUACUUUCAGUAGUCCACACGUCAUUUUCGAACGCGCUGCGGGAACCAAGUAAAGGAAAGGGUCCAUUUAAUUCGCUCCGUUCAGCUAUAAUGUGCGUAUCAAGUCGCUUUCUCCUAUCUCAGCCCGGCUCUGAGCCUGUCACGAGUCAUUGCUAUUGCCUUCUGUUGGAAGUGUUGUAUGUUAGUCCGCACUGAUGUAAACUGCUGCUCCGGGCUGUACUUAACAUAUUUCUAGUACAAGCAGGAAAGCGUCAUUACGAUUCACUUCUAGUUGUAGCUUCAUAGUUCAUAGCCGUGUGUGCGCGAGUUCUGUGCGCUGAUGUAGCCUAGUGUGUGACCUCACUUUUUGCACAGCUGUGUGAGAAACAGCAAACGACUGAGCUCCAGUCGGGGGAGUUACCUCAUGUUCGCGAGCAGCCAGUAUGUAUUGGACGGUCUCGGCAACACUCUAUGUAGAUCAAGAAAAAUCGUCUGAAGUCAACAACAGCAUUAUAGACUAAAAUGGACGAGUCGUCGCUUCUGGAUCUACUAGAAUGCUCUGUAUGUUUGGAACGACUGGACACAACCGCCAAAGUAUUGCCCUGCCAGCAUACCUUCUGCCGCCGUUGCCUCGAAAACAUCUUGAGUUCCCGCAACGAGUUGCGCUGCCCUGAGUGCCGUAUACUAGUAGAUUGCGGUGUAGAUGAUUUACCAGCCAACAUACUCUUGGUACGGCUUUUGGACGGAAUUAAACAGCGUCCGAGGAAUGGAGGAAGACCCUCUCUCACCGGCAUAUCGCUCGGAUGUGCAGCCGGUAUCUCUGCUUCUCCUCCCGGAACGGCCAUCCGCGACUUGCCCAUUGCCACACGGAGCUCUCCAGUCAAGAAUGUUCCUCAGCUGCCCUGUGGGAAGGCCCUGUACAGCUACGAAGGGAAGGAGCCAGGUGACCUCAAAUUUAACAAGGGCGACAUCAUCAUCCUGCGCCGCAAGGUGGAUGAGAACUGGUAUCACGGGGAGCUGAACGGCAGCCACGGCUUCCUCCCGGCCAGCUACAUCCAGUGCAUUAAGCCCCUGUCCCAGACGCCACCACAAGGCAAGGCGCUCUAUGACUUUGAGGUCAAGGACAAAGACCAGGACAAAGACUGCCUGACCUUCACAAAGGACGAGAUUCUGACUGUGAUCCGAAGGGUGGAUGACAACUGGGCAGAGGGCAUGCUGGGAGAUAAAAUUGGGAUCUUUCCCAUUUUAUAUGUGGAGCUGAAUGAGACCGCCAAGCAGCUAAUGGAGAUGGACAAGCCCACUCUGGUGCCGGGCCCCAGCUCUGACCCCGGGCCCCCCGCAGGCCCCUGCUCAAGCCCCCCCAGCACCGCCGCCAACGACAACGGCUCCGCCAGCGCCAUCCACCGCCGCGCAGAGGGCAAGAAGAACGCCAAGAAGCGCCACUCCUUCACCGCGCUGAGCAUGACCCAGCGCACCGCGCAGGCCCUGAACAACCGCCACUCCAUGGAGAUCAGCGCGCCCGUGCUCAUCAGCUCCUCAGACCCCCGGGCAGCUGCACGCAUCGGGGACUGCCCCCACCUCUCCUCCAGCGCCCCGCCUCAGGACACCUUUGUGGGCUCAUCCAGCAGUGGGAUGGUGGUCUCUCCCCGGGUGGCGUCGGUGACAGGGGAGCUACUGGCUGCAGCCAAAGUCCAGCUGCCUCUCAACAUAUACCUGGCCCUGUAUGCCUACAAGCCGCAGAAGGCCGACGAGCUGGAGCUGCGGAAGGGGGAGAUGUACCGCGUGAUGGAGAAGUGCCAGGACGGCUGGUUCAAGGGCACCUCGCUCCGCAGCGGAGCCUCCGGCGUCUUCCCCGGCAACUACGUCACCCCCGUCUCCAGGGCUCCGUUCGCUGUGGGUCAGGCCCGCGCCUGUCUCCCCACUCAGGCCCAGGCGGCCAAAGCGGUGUCCAACUCCUCCAGCUCGGCCGGCCCCUCCAGCCCCGUGCUCAUGGGCUCCUCGUCUCGCUCCACGCCUCCGCUGGUCAACCAUUCCUCCUCCUCCUCUUCCUCCUCCUCCUCCCCGCAGCUGCCGUCAGCCGCUGUCCACCUGAAGAACUGCCUGCGCAUGUCGGGCCCGCAGACGGUCAACCAGGCUCGCACGGCCAUGCAGCUGGUUCACAGCCCUCCUGCUGGCAGUCCGGAGCGCCCCACAGCUGCUGUGUCCCCCCUCCGGUCCCAGGGCUCCCCCUCUCGCUCCCCGGGCCCCUCUGGGCGGCCCCUGUCCAUGGUGUCCCCGCAGCACUCGCACCAGGGCAGUCCCCUGUCCCCGGCGGCCCCCCACCGCUGCCUCAUCCCCCUCACCUCAGCGGCGGCCGCCAUCACGCCCCCCAACAUGAGCGCCGCCCACCUCAACGGCGGCGAGGCUGCCAGCGGCCUCCUGCACCCCUCCUCGCCCGCCCACGCCCACGCGCAGGGCGCCGCCAGCCUGCCCAAACUGGAGGAGAAGAAAGCGGAGAAGAAAGAGAAGAAGGGAGGGGGUCUGCUCAAGCUGCUCUCCGGCGCGGCGGCCAAGAAGAAGUCCCGCUCGCCCCCCUCCGCGUCCCCCACGCACGAGUCGCACUCCCCGGCCGCGGCCGCCUCCGAGGCCAUGAUGGCCGCCGCCAUGGGCUGCACCCCCGACCUGCACCCGGUGGGCAGCCACGGGCGAGCGGGCUCCUGUCCCAUCGAGAGCGAGAUGCAGGGCGCCAUGGGGAUGGAGCCCCUGCACAGGAAGUCUGGCUCCCUGGACCUGAACUUCUCUGUGUCGCCCCCGACCCGUCUGCCCUGCUCCUCGCUCCUGGCCAUCCGCCCUGAGCCCAAACCUCUGUCCCGUGAGAGGUACCGGGUGGUGGUGCCCUACCCUCCCCAGAGUGAGGCGGAGAUCGAGCUGAAGGAGGGCGACAUCGUCUUCGUGCACAAGAGGCGGGAGGACGGCUGGUACAAAGGCACACUGCAGCGCACGGGCCGCACGGGCCUCUUCCCCGGGAGCUUUGUGGAGAGCUUCUGAGCGCCGAGAAUCUCCUGAGGAAUGGCCAAUCACCAGCUGCGCCAGCCUCACAUUGCCAUGGUGGUGGUGGUGGUGGUGGUGGAGGAGGGGUUGGUGGGCGAACAAGAUCUUUUCUGAGCGGGCACCUCCAGGACAGCCUCAGAAAGCCUUCUCACAGAAGUCAUCCGAAAGGGUGCAGUUGAAGGAGAUGCCAUCGUGAUCGUGGGGACCUCUUCGAAAAACAGCCCAGCAACCGUUGGCAGAGACUCUUUGGCGUCAUCAUGAACCAAUGUGAACAAAACAGCAGUGAAUUCCCCUCCGAGUGAAGACCCAGGUACAGGAGAAGCACAGGAGGACGAGCAGACAGAACAGUCACUCACUGCCACAAUAAUCUGAGAUCUCUCUCUCUCCCACGUGUUCUUAACGCCUGAAAGCACAGUGAAGGCCAGCUGGCAGAAGCCUUCUUGGUUUGAGAUCGUGUCGGGAGAGGGAGUGCACAUAUCUGGUAACACACACACACACACACACACACACACAAAACACACACACAGAAAACCUCCAGCACUCCUCAGUUCAGUAAAGCCAGGCUCAAGCAGUGCCUUCCAUCUCUGGACCUGCCAACACCAGAACCAGAACCAGCCUCUGACUGAGCCAGAGCCCUCUAGUGCAGGGCACACCUAGCUUGUGUAAAGUAUCGUUGUUCCUCCUCUCUCUCUCUCUUUCUCCUCUUUGGUCUUGUGAAGCAGCUGCUGUGUGCUUGUUGGACCUCCCCCCCCCCAACACACACCCCUUGCAUGGGUCCCUGUUGAGUUCAGACCUCCAGAGUUGUGAAGCCCUUCACUAAUAUUCCCCCGUGCUCUUAUUUCAGUCAUCAAAAGUGCUCAACACGGUACUUGUUAUCACCCUGAUACAAAAAAAAAAUCCUUGAUUUCAAGUUUUCCACAAUAUCGUGACAAAUAGAGUUCCCAGCACAGCAACUCUGACAACCAAAGGAGAGGCCGGAGAGCACAUGGACUGAUUGUGAUUGUGAAGUGAGGGGUAAGCAAGGACACACCUCUGGGUAAUCCAACUAAUGAUAGUUAUGUCCUUGGGGAGGAUGGAGCAACUAAAAGAGUUCCCCUGUCUCUCUUUCUGAUGACUAUAGUGAGCCAAGCAUAUCUGUGACGAGUCAUCCUGUUCUUAUCUGCCUCAGUGUGUGCUCACUUGUACUUGUCAUGACAUUUCUUAAAGAGCUGAUGAAUUGAAUUGUGCGGCUCUUUUGUAUGGCUACUGUAGUGUUAAGGUCAGUGGGUAAUUUAACAUGAUUUUUUUUACCAUUUUAACGAGUAAGUGUUUUUACUCUAUACAUGAAUUUCCAUGUACCUGUACUAAAUGUGUCUUAUGGAUACAAUGAAAUGCUAAAUGUUUUUCGUUUUGUUCUAUUUUGUGUUCUUGUGUAGCAAGUCCCUUCCCAUGCUUGUUCUAAAAGCGUGCGUUAAUGGAUCCCCCUCUGAUCCACUUUCCCCCGAGAGGGUUAGGAAACCUGUUGCACCUGCGAGAGCGCACAGUUGAAAAGCACAGACUAGGAAACUACCACUCCAUCACAGGCCAUGAAGAGAGGGCUUUUGCCAAGGUUUUCAGUGUGGAAGCAGCUGGCACUGAAAGCACAUAAUUACUUUUCUAGGCAAACAGCCACAUUGCCUCGCUAAGGGAGGCCAGGAAGAUUGUUUAAAGAGCUGUUUUUUUUUUUAAACAACGCUGCCCAGUAGUGGAGCCAACAGCUAGGCCAGGGUGAAUGGGACACCUCUGGGCCCAAAACACCCACGCACGUGGGGUAACGUCGUCGGAUCGCGCCCCCCAAAGAACCACACAAAGACAAAGCACAACCUUUUAGAGGUUUACAUCUUUUAAAAGACAAACUGCAUUUGUGACAGUCUGGCAGACUGUAUACUACGUGUUGCAUUCUCACAAGAGAAUUUUCUUUGAAUGGACUAAAAAUAUUGUAUAGAGCACAGAAAAAACACGGGCCCAGUUUAAUCCCUGUAAUCACAUUUGCAAUCUCACUGGGAUUGGUGUCAAACCACCGUGGAUUGUGGAAACUGUUGGGGGAUUUGUCACUUAACGCCGUGAUUGGGGGAUUGACAGAGAUUACAGCCCAUUGGAAAAUCAAAAGCACAGAGAUUAAGACCAUCCACAUCCCACCCUCGGCCAUGAGAGCAGAUAGCACAUGGGCAGAACGCUUCUUGCCCUGCGCACACACACCCAUUUCCAGAUCUUUCUAUCUACGUAAAUAUCAGCAGUGAUGAUUGAUCCCCUUCUCCUGGGACAGAGGAAGUGGCUGUGUGUGUGGAACUGAUCCCUCUGGUCCAUUCUUCAUCAUUAGGGCUAUCAGUGCCAGCACAGCACAACUCAGCACAGCACAGCAUAGCCCCCCCCCCCUUGAUGGACCUCUGGGUAAUGGUUCAGGAAGUGGAUGCAGGUGGUGGAAGGUGAAGAAAGAUUUAUAGGUCUUCAUGAAAAAGAUUGGCCAUCUCAGCCAACACCCCAUUCUUCCUCUUCCUCUUCCUCAGCACUCAGUCCAUAGGUUAGGCCACGCCCCCAAGCCCUCAUGCCUCUAUUCAGUCGGUGGUGCUGUCCCCACCCCCAUCCCCAGCCAACAAAAACAAUGCAGUGGUAUUAUGGUUGUCAAGCAACUGUGUACAGUUGUGUUUUUUUUCCUUGUCUUUGUUUUGAAAUUUCAAUAUUUCAAGAACAGCGAGUUGGUUUUCCCUGUGAAUUAUGUGAAAAAUGGAGGGAGUUGUCUCUGGGCGCGAAGCACAAGUCCAUUUCCAUGUUGGAGAUGCAGCUCACUCUCGAUGCCACAGAUAGGCGGACAGGACGUCGCAGCUGUCCUCCAUCUUGGUGUCACUGUUCUUCAACAUUCUCAUGGAUCUGGGUUCAGUGCAAGGUGUUCGACCCUUGUGACAAGAACUUGUGUACCACUGAAUGGUUAAAAGAGAGUUUUUUUUUUUCUCGAGAGGAUUUUUGUCAAGCAUGGAAAGUCAUGCAUAAUUAUCAAGAGGAGUUUUACAUUGCUACGUUGAAAAAGAAGUAUAAAUAUAUAAAUAUAUAUUGUGAAUACAUAUUUAUGGGCCAUUGGUAAGCAGUUGAGAUAUUGAGGAAUAUUUCCUCUACUCUUGAUAACCAGCAAUGGAUUCAUUUACGUUUUGUCUUGUAUUAACUACAUGUGGUUUGUUUGUUUUUUCAUGUCAAGUGCAUUUAAGCAAUAAAUGCCUUUGUUUUAAAAUAAA